UCGGGUGGGGAAUCUAAACGCAGCCCAAUAGGUGUAAUAAGCCUUAUGCCAAAUUAACCAAUUAUAUUCGAUUAUUCUUCUCAUAUUGGAUUAUAAUUGGUCAAUUUCUUAUGGCAUAAGGCUUACUACUCCUAUUGUAGAUCCGGCCUUAAGUGGAACGCACCCCAUGUAUUGUAAGCCAUGCUUUAUACUAUGAACAUUUUUUUUUAAUAGAGAAAUUACAUGAAAUAAAUAAAGGCACAGCUGAGUGAACUGGGCACAGCCAGGCACAACUCUCUCCCACGACUGUCGUCUAUCGGUAGAAACGAAUAAAUGGUACUUUGUCUCGCAAGAGACAGAAAUCCACUUGGGUAAAGAAGAAGAAGAAGAGACAGAAAUCCAGCGGGGUAAAGAAGAAGAACGUUUUUAAUAAAACAGCAGUCGCUAAAGAGAGGUCAAUUAUUGUUGAAUGUGUUAUCCAUUUAAAUAAAAAAAUGCCAAGUUCAUAUCUGUAUGCUAUUAACAAUGAAGGGCGGGUAUUUGGAUUGUCGACAUCGGGAAAUAUGUGGCGUGAAUUUAUGUAUUUAGGACUUGAAUUUAAACAAUUGUCAGCUGUACCACAUUUUAUGUGGGCCAUUGGUGGUGAUCGCCAAGUUUAUGUUCAUGUUCACGGCUUGGAUGUACCAAUCAGGCUCAAAGAAGAAACUUAUGAGAAUGAGCGAUGGUUGCCUUUGGAAGGCUUUUCUGGAAGACUGCUACCAACUGACAGAUAUAAUUUUUCUAAUCAAGAUGGUACAGUUGAUCGUAGUAGAGACAAAGUGAAAUUACCAUCAAUGGCAUGGCAGUGGGAAGGUGAUUGGCAAAUAGAAACCACAUUAAAUGGUCAACCAUUAGAUCAUGAUGGAUGGACAUACGCAAUUGAUUUUCCAGCUACAUAUACCACAAAAAAGCAGUGGAAAUCUUGUGUAAGAAGACGUAAAUGGAUUCGGUAUCGAAGAUAUAGUGCUAUGAAUUCUUGGUGCGCUAUUGCCCCUCUACAUAAAGAUCCAACCAAGGAACCUUUUAUUGACAUAGCAGUGGGUGGAAAUCAAAUGCCUGGAAAUAAUUCUGGUAGUUUAAUAGUCUGGGCAGUAACGGCUCACGGAAGAGUCAUGUUUCGUGUUGGAACAAGCACAACUUGUCCUGAAGGACAAAGAUGGAGUUCCAUCAAAUUGGCUAAUGGCUAUGAAGUAUGUCAAAUUAGUGUUGGAGUAACCGGUCUUGUUUGGGCUGUACUUAUGGUAGGGAAAGCAUUAGUUCGAACAGGCGUGACGAGAGAUAAUCCAAUAGGUGAAGAUUGGUCGGAAGUGGAACCGCCACAGAAAGACUUGAAAUUAGUACAAAUUAGUGUCGGUACUGAUGCUGUAUGGGCUAUAACACAUGACGGUAGAGUAUGGUUUCGAAAAGGUAUUCAAGGCGAAAUCAGUGGUGUUUGUGAACAAUUAGCCACUGGAACCGGUUGGGUUGAAAUGUUAAGCAAAAUGGCACUAGUAUCAGUUGCUCCAAAUGAUCAAGUAUGGGCCAUUGGCUAUGACGAUCGAUGUUUGUAUUAUCGUUCUGGUAUCACGCGUUCUGAAUUAACGGGGAAACGGUGGAAAUUGAUAAACGCGCCGUUGCAAUUAAGUAGAGCAAGUAGCAAUACUAGUUUGUCAUCUAGCAACAGACAUAAUACUUGUAGCACACCCCAACAACGUCAUCAGAGUUGGAGUUCCUUGAAUCGCCCUCACAGUACUAGUGAAGGUACAACAUUGAUUAGAGAGUGGGAAGAACAAUCACGCUCAGCGCCAACACCUACGUCUUUAAAAUUGUGGCAACGUAGUAGUGAUGGCGCAUCUAUAAACAAUACUCAAAUAUCUUUCCAAGAUAUAUAUCUAAAUGAAGAGAGAAAUAGAUCUACAAAUUCUGUAGACACAAAUGAUUUAAACGAAGUUGCUAGUAUAACUAUAUCCAAUGAAUCUUUGACAAAAAGUGGAGAAUCGAUAGUCGUUUUGGGUAAAGGAAUGGACAGUACUGUCAAGAUAAAUCCUGCUGCUUGGAGUCCUGUUCAUUCUGUUGGUUCCAUGGUAGGUGUUGAGGCACAUCCAGAAACAGAUGGAAGUAUAUUUGACCCAGAUUUGACUGGAGACUCUGGUGUAUAUGGCGAAGAUGAAAGUACAGGGCUAAUAUAUUGGGCUGAAUGUGAUGUAUUGUGGUAUAAAGUGGAAGCUGGGGCAUGCUUUGUUGAUCCAACAAAUCCACCAAAAUGGGUUGCUGAUGGCAAUGGUACGACGCAAGGAGAAAUUGGAGAAUUAUGGAGAAUUAACAUUUUAGAUGAAUUGAAAACAAGAUUUAAAAAAAUGCCAUUUGAUUCUUCAAUAGUGUAUGAAAAAGCAGUUGAAAAAUCAUCUUGGGUAAAGAGUGGGGAUGCUAAAUGUAAAAUUAAAAAUGGCAGUCUAUACGAAGAUUGCAAGAUUGAACUGGAAUGGAUAAGCAGCGAUACUGGAUCAUUAGAUUCUGGAACCUUAAUAAUAUUAAAUUCAGAUGGCGUAACAAGCAUAAUACAAUUUCCUGUCUCGGAAAUUACAUGUGUUGUUUGCUGUAGUGAGCCAGGGAAUCCAAGAAUAGCAAUUCACACUCCUAAAUUAAAUCGUUCAAAAGUAAUUAGAUUACAAUUUGCGAGUGAUACGGAAAUGGAAGAUUGGUUGGCCCAUUUAACUUCAGUAUCUUGCCAGAUGAAUAAUAUAUAUGGGAGACCUGGUCCAAAUGCUAUUUGGACCACAACUGCAUUAGGUGAUGUGUAUGUAUUUGAUCCCACAAUUGCAGAGGAAUGUCAAUUAUCUGAAGACGGAUACGUACAAGAAAUGGAUGUUGUCGGUAAAGAUUUACCGUUUGAAAGCAUAUUACAAAAUGGUUUUGGAUGUGGUAGUACUCUAAGAAUUACAGUAUGUGUUCAUGAUGAUGCUGACAGAUUGUCUUUUAAUCUCGUUUGUUAUACUACAACAUUCAUAAAACAAAAAACUGUGACAGACAGUCAUGAUAUUGCAUUGCAUUUUAACCCAAGACUCAACGAGAAUAUCAUUGUACGGAAUACAUAUCAAAAUAGUCAAUGGGGAGAUGAGGAAAGAAAUGGAGAUAGUCCAUUAAAAGCAGGCUGUGACUUUACAUUGUACAUUGUUUGCGAAGAACGUGGUUAUAAAAUUUAUAUUAAUGGUAGCGAAUAUACUUUUUAUAGCCAUCGAAUACCUCCAAUCAGUAUUACGCAUUUACGUAUCAAGGGAUUGCUAACUUUAUGUAGUAUUACAUAUAAAUCUACAUCUGUAAUUGUUGAACCCAACACAAUGUUUUGGAGACAAAUUGGUGGACAUUUAAAAAAAGUUGAGACAUGUUCCGUAGGUGUUACUUGGGGCAUUGGUUAUGACAGUACUGCUUGGGUAUAUACAGGUGGUUGGGGAGGCACGUUUCUCAAAGGCUUGGGAACUAGCAAUACUGGAAUAAAUGCGAUGGUGGAUACACACAAUUAUUAUGUAUAUGAAAAUCAACGUUGGAAUCCAGUAACCGGAUAUACUGCGCAUGGACUUCCAACGGAUCGGUACAUGUGGAGCGAUGCCACCGGACGGCACAAAUGUACGCGAGAACAUACGAAAUUAUUGUCAAUACAUUGGCAUUGGGUAUCAGAUUGGAUCGUUGAUUUUCACACACCUGGUGGCGUCGAUAGAGAUGGUUGGCAAUAUGCUACUGAUUUCCCAUCACAAUAUCAUGGCAAGAAACAAUUUACUGAUUAUGUUCGAAGAAGACGAUGGUUUAGAAGAUGUCAACUAACAACCAGCGGACCUUGGCAAGAAUUGGGAAAUACCAAACUCAUUGAUGUCUCUUUAUAUGCAACUGGAAAACCUGGCACAGAUGAUCCUAUUCAUGUCUGGGCGGUCGCUACAAAUGGUGAGGCUUUAUUCAGACGAGGUGUUUCAGAAUCUUGUCCAAUGGGAGUCUCGUGGGAACACAUACCAAGUGAUCAACCUUUAAUUAGCAUCUCGUGCGGGCCAUAUGGGCAAGUCUGGGCUAUUGGAAAGAAUGGUUCUUCCUAUUGGAGGCUAGCUAUCAGUACUACAAAACCAACUGGUAUACAAUGGCAAAAUGUCGAGCCUCCUUCAGGUGUUCAAUUAAAGCAAAUUUCGGUAGGACAUGAUGUAGUAUGGGCCUUAGACACAAUGGGUCGACUAUCAGUACGCCGAGAAAUACAAUCUAAUGUUUUCCCCGAAGGAACUCAUUGGCAAACAUUACCCGCUAUGCCAAACGAUCCUAUUCAUAUAGAUAUGUCAGUAGCAAACGCUAAGCAAGGAUUCCGACAUGUAUCCGUUUCAAGGAAACAAGGACAAGUUUGGGCAAUUUCGGGGGCAGGCAUUAUUUGUCGAAGAAUUGGUGUUACCUGUGAAAAUCCAGCGGGAACCGGAUGGGUAACAGGCAUAGGGGUAAGUAAUUGUCCACUCAUGCGGGUGGUCGCACUCGCCUUCAGCUUGUGCGUCCACUCACACUCAUGGGCAAUAGCCAAUCUUCUGCACUUGUAUCGUAAUAUACUAUUUACUAACUUGUAAUAUCGUUAGUAUAUAUACAAAUUAAUAGUUUUCUCUAUAUAUUGAUAAAAGUGAUAUCACUUUCAUUCUUAACCCUCCGUCUGGAGACACUGACCCUAAAAGGGAACAAGCGAAACUUUUCACUUGUGUAGCCACAAAGCUGGUGAUAAACAAAGCUUGGCUCCCUUCUCUAAAAAAAUUCAGUAAUAGUAGGUACUCAUACCCGAAAGGACGCUUUGAUCCGGCAUUUGUUGUUAAAUCGGCAGAAUAUAAAUUUUUCAAGUGUUGCCAAAAAGACCCAAUGUACAAACCGUGUUAGUAUUUUGUGACAGUAAGAAAUAUUUGAUUUUUGUAUUUUUCUUAAUUAUUUUGUUAUUUUUAUCAUGUUUUUACUUGAGUUUUUACUUGACAACCAUAAUCUGCUUUUUUUAGUCGAUAAAGGCAAUUUAAUCACAAUGGUUUCUUGGACACGUCUAAACACUUUCUCUUGUAUAUAUUCUAUGCCAUGCUUGAUCAUGAUGGCAUAAAUUCGUCAAUUUUAUAUUAUUUGCGACAAGAAAAUCUAUUUUUAAAUCGGCGUGACUUUUUGAAAGACUUGGCUUUCAAUUUAGUAAAACCACAUUUGCAACGUCGUUUAGAAAUAAAAACAUCAAGAAGCUAUUUGCAUCAUACAAUUCGAGAAAUUUUAAAUAAUGGCGAUAACUCUACUGAGGUUUUUAAUCCUAAUCACAAAAAUGAACAAACAAAAAAAAUGUUCUGUAUAUCCGUCCGUAGAUAAUUAAAAAAAUGUGGUUUGGUGUAUGUGGCGAGCCAAUUUGCGACAAUUUUCUGUUUAGAUUACGCACAAAAACAAUAUUAUUUCUUUAAUUUUGAUUAUUCUACAUUGUAUAUACCUAAGUUUUUUAUAAUAAUAUACUAUAAUUUUUUACAAUAAAAAAAGAUUUGUGUGAAAAUCAUUUUAUUAUAUUCUUAUUACCCGAAAAAUACCUUAUUCUUAGUCAUGCAAAUAAUUAUACUUUUUGCAAUCGACACAUAUAGAACAAUUUUUUUCUGAAAAGUCAUUUAAAACCUCAAAAGAAUUUUUCUUAAUAAUUGUUAUUAAGUUAUGAAUUUUUUUACGAAAUUCCAUUUCUUGUCAAUCUCGGGAAAUUUAAAUUGUUAUUGUAAAAAAAA